GUCAGUCUACCAGGGAUCGGAUAAGUUGUAUGAUCCUGAUGUGAUGGUCAUAAACUCGCACAAUACACCUCAUUCAUCCGUAGAUACCAAUGCCACGACUUCAAGACAUGAUAUUGGUGUUGAAGAAAUGAUACAGCAUAGCAUGAUGAUAAAACGUAAAAACAAUGAAACUCGUGAAAGGCUUCUUAACAUGACCCAGGAACGGGAAAAUGACGUUGAACUUUCACACUCCAAUGUAAAAGAAGAACUGCGUGAUACGGAGACAGACGGCGUAUCUGUUCCCGGUGAUCAUGAAAUGAUACCUUCUGGGUCCAAUACUCCACUCGACCCACUGAAAACAGAACGAAGAUCUCCAGGAGCUGGGGCUAAAGAUGGAGAAAUCCAUCCGUCUCUUCCACCAAUUGAAAACACGAUAUCCCCCGAGAAACAUGAUGGAGGUUGGACAUGGGGCACUACUAGACCAUCGAUAUACAUUCGUGACGGUCAACAUGAUCGCGCAGCCCCCGAAACUAACGCUCGUGCCUUCAAAAAUGCAGAACAGCAGCAUGCUGAGAGAGAGAUACAAAGAGAACAGAAUCGCCGCCGGGAUCAUCUGUCUGAGGAAGAAAAUCAGGUACGACUUGUAGACGAUCAGAACGAGAGUAGACACGAGCAAAGCAAAGAGGCUAUCACACACCAGCCAGCGGCAGUAUCAGAACCUAAAAAUCCCAAGGAAUCCGAGCAACUGAAUGAGGUUAUUGAAAAAGAUGAACAACCGCUUUUCGAAGGGUUCCUAAGUGAUCAUGAUAUAGAUUUCGAACAAUUUGACCAUGAGGACUAUAUACCACCAGGAAUGGUUGAAGAGCUUGGCCUGACGGACUUUUCCCCCGAGGACUGGCUGCGAUCGACAAUGGUUGACGAGACUGGUCUGGAGCACUAUUCCCCCAAGGAGGUGACGCGUGAUGAACGGCCAACAAGUGGUAACAAUUCUGACUUGCACCACCGCCGUUCUGCGCAAAUGCUGGUUAGCCGCAGUUCAUCUGAGACACGCUUUCCAGCCUCACAAGCGUCGGCAUCGAACUUCGUCCGAUCUAGGGCUUCUUCCACUUCCUCGUUUGGGAUUUCGGCACCAGGUAUCAUGGCAAGCCAUGGUGAGGGCCCACAGCGUUUCCAGGAGAUAGACGUCGAUAGCGACUCUGGAAUAUCAAGCUACGCAGCUUCUGUUCUUUCUGUACAGUCAUUGGCUUCCUCAGCCACCGACAUAUCGAAAGGAAGCGGCUACUCUCCACAUCAAAUUGCAACCGCAACCAAAGAGCUUGUCACAAUUUUCCAAGAAGACACCUUUCUUGUAUCGCUGUACAAAAGCGCCAUCAACGACAGCAGCAUUGGCCCAGAAAAGCUACAGCGGAAUUUGAGAAGGCUGUUCAAGCAAUUUGCAGAGCACUUGAAAGGCGAAGCGAAGGAUAGUCUUGAGUACUUGGCCUCCCGGUUGGUCUCACUGAAAGCCCGCUUCCUUGCCCAAUCUAUUGUGCAGGAGUUCAGUGGUCGUAUUGCGUCUCCAGCGAAGGAUCUUGAGGCGGACCACGAGAGCUCGGAAGACGAAGAAGAAGAGCAGUCGUCUACUGUGGAUGAUGCAGCAUUUGAUGACUUGGUUGUUUUCCGAGAGUUUCUCGUCGGAAGCGAUGCUUUCAGUACACUGCGAGCACAAAUCCAGAAUUUUGCUGUACCCAAAACUGCGCAAGCGCAGAGAAAAUUUUUGAUCGGCACCAAAUCACUGCCCGAGACAGCAGCUCCAGAUGUCGAAGAUGAAGUACAGAGGAUAAGGGAUUUGCUUGCUACGAGGGAUUCCGUCCAGCCGGGAAUGCAGAUCGAUUGGGGCAUGAUUGGACGGAGCCGCAAGAACACUGAGCACGUUCUGCAAGCAGCCAAAGCAAGUCUUGAAAACUACCAGUCAAAUAACCGCCUGCCACCAAAGGAAUCAAACCAUAGACAAGCGACCCGAACUACAGACUCGUUUGUUCUACCAUCUAUCAUAGUCGCAGUCAUCUUUGGCAUACAAGAAGAUGUCUUUGGGUUCGAAAAACAUCCAGUCUCGUUUGUACUGGCCACAUUCGCUCUGUUCAUUUUAGCUGGGAUAUCACGUGUGCUGACGUUUUGGUUUUGGACUUACGUAUUGGAACGAGCAUAUGGCCAGAAAUUACAACCAUCGAAUCCACUGGUGUCGAAACAAUAUGAUGCGGUGGGUAUCUUUUCGUCGAACCCAUCAGAUGACAGCCCAGCAGUGGGCAGAGAUAGAAUCUGGAACAAACUAAGCACGAAAAUUGGUUCGUGGCAGGCAAAAUUGAAGAACGUGUCAUCGAAACACUUUCAUGCUCUGCUAAUCGCUUUUGGGUGUUUUGAGUCAGCUCUGGAGCCUGGCAAAGUCAGGCUGAGAUGGCGAUGUGGAUGUGGAGAUAGCUUCAUAGGAGAUUUCACUGAGCAUCAAGCCAGUGGUAUUUCGAACAUGGCCACCCAUAUGGAACGGUUAACGGGGGCAAAGGUCACUUCUAUAACUUCACACUCGGAGAAUACUGCGCCGAAAACCACUGGUCAGCAUCCUGGCCUGUGGCUGCGCAAUGCCAUGGAGAGCCUUGGAAGUUUGGUGAACAAGCGGUCCAAACAACGUACGCUGCCACAGCACACACCUAACACGGCCGUCGGGACCUCCACACCUGGCCAUGGCUCGCAGCAGGGCCAGAUGCUACAUCUCCUCAGUUGUUUACACGCCGGACGCUUUCGUAAAACCCUAGCGCAAGACCGCAUCGAGUCAUUCAAAACAGACCGCCAGCUCUUCUACUUCAUCCGCGACCAAUACCGUGUCCACCGAGGCCGCAUCAAAGGCUUGCUGUCACUGAAAACGGUAAAGGGUAUAUACUUCACCAAAUUCCGCCUUCCCAUGGGUGGCAGCGUAGAGCUUCGUGCCCACAACCCAUGCUGCAUCCAGCCCCACGUAUGCGAAUGUCUUCCUCCCCCUUCUCGCGUGGAGCCUUCCAAGGAUGCAGAGUAUCGCUGUGAACCGGUGCCGUCAUCUGUUUGGCCGCCGAUCGAUCCACAUUACCUGUCCCAUCUUUUCAAGGACCCGACGUGCAUCAACGAGAAUGAUACCUGGAUCCUGGACCAGCUGCCCAAACGCACUCGCGGUGAACUUCAGGGGAAAGUAGGGAAACCCGCAGAUGGUUGGGGUAUCUAUUACGAAGAAGGUUGGGAUAGGGAUAUAAUUACUUUAGUGGUGGUUUUGCUGUUCAUUGUAUCAAGCUUGGUGUUUGGUGUAACGUGGAGCUAUUUCAAGAUGGAUGUUCAGGGUGCUUUUGGAGUUAGUUCUUACAUGAUGGCUUCGUGUGCGGCGAUGAUCAGUUUCGUAGCGAUGAAGAUGGACAAAGCGUAA